UCUUCUCUUCUUCGCUUCUAAUUUCGUUUUUUGUUUUUUUUUUUUUCCAAUUUUUUUCCUUUUUUUUUUUUUUUGUCGUUAUGCCCAUCCCCCACCUUUCCCUCUCCUUUAUUUUUCCUUUCCCCGCUCCAGGUUUGGUUGGUCUUGAGAGACGCCGUCGCCUUUACCACGAGAGAAAAAACCGAUACAAACAAUAUACAAAAUACAAUACAAAACGCGAACAAAACAACAAAAAAUAUAUAUAUAUAUCAACAAAGAGGGGAAGGAAAAAAAAACCCAGGUUUUCUCUCCCCCUUUGCCGUGAAGAGCCGCCGCAGCCUCUCCGUCCUUUGGACCGUCCUUGGAAGCCGUUCCAAACCCGAAGGAAACCGCCACUUUAAAAAACAUAUUUCCCUCUUCUUCCCCCCUCAAAAAACAAAGGCAAAACUCACUUUUUUUUUCGAGCAAAAAGACAAAACUCAGGCAACUUUUUUUUUUUUUUUUUUUUCCGUUUAUAGCUCGACCAAUCUAGCUCGAUCCACUCCUAUAGGGCUUAAAAAAACAGCCAAAAAACCCAAGGGAAAAAAAAAUACCUUUAAAAAAAAUACUCAAAAUACCUGUCAAGCUGCAAAAAGCAAAAAAAUUUGCUGCGUUUUUUUUAAAGCCAUGAUUAAAAUCAAACGAAUUUUUUGGCUCUAACACCACCUCCAAAUGCCAAAAUCCAAACCUUGAAGCGCUGUCGGCUGAGAAAAAAAAUUGGAUACUUAGGAAGCUUUACCUCAGCAAAGGGAGGGAACAGCCACAACCCGGGCUGUUCCUGCCAUGGGCUCCGGCCCCAUCGACCCCAAGGAGCUCCUGAAGGGCCUCGAUUGUUUUUUGGGCAGGGAUGGGGAGGUCAAAACCAUGGAUGGCAUCUCCAAAAUCUUCAGCCUCAUGAAGGACUCCCAGAAGAUGGUGAGUCGCUGCAUUUACCUGAACAUCCUCCUGCAGACCCGGGCCCAAGACAUUCUGGCCAAGUUCAUCCGGAUCGGGGGGUACAAGCUGCUCAACACGUGGCUGACGGGCUCCAAGGCCACCAACAACGUUCCCUUCCUGCAGCAGCUGCUGCUCACCCUGCAGCACCUCCCACUCACCGUGGACCACCUCAAGCAGAACAACACGGCCAAGCUGGUGAAGCAGCUCAGCAAAUCCAGCGAUGAUGAGGAGCUUCGCCGCCUUGCCUCCAUCCUGGUCAGUGACUGGAUGGGGGUGAUCCGUUCCCAGAGCAGCUCUCAACCCGCAGAACGAGAUAAAAAGAAAAAAAAAGAGGAAAACAAAACCAAAGCCCCAGUUCCUGAGAAACCCCAGGAGGCCAAAAAUGAGGCAAAAAAUGAGGAAAUGCCUGAAAAGAAACGGGAAAAACCCAAAUCCCUGCGGACCACGGCCCCCAGCCACGCCAAGUUCCGCUCCACAGGGCUGGAGCUGGAGACGCCGUCGCUGGUGCCGGUGAAAAAAUUAAAUUCAUCAACAUCAGACAAAUACAGCCUGAAACCCGUCCCGGUGAAGAGACAGAGCGCCCCGACAGCCCCCGGGGAGGCUCCUCUGGCAGAGAAGAAAUACAAACCCCUGAACACGGCCCCAAACGCGGCCAAGGAGAUCAAAGUGAAGAUCAUCCCCCCCCAGCCCAUGGAAGGCCUCGGGUUCCUGGACGCUCUGAACUCUGCGCCCGUCCCCGGCAUCAAGAUCAAGAAAAAGAAAAAAGUUCUGUCCCCAACGGCGGCCAAGCCCAGCCCUUUCGAGGGGAAGACGACGCCCGAGCCCAGCACGGCCAAACCCUCGUCCCCAGAGCCGGCGGCCGCGGAGCCCAUGGACACGGAGCGGCCGGGAACGCCGGUGCCCGCCAUCGAGGUGCCCGAGCCCAUGGACACAGGCUCGUCAGACACAGGGGGUGACCCCAAAACCGCCGAUGUCCCCUCGGAGGGGGGCCCGGCCCCGCGCAGACCCCGCAAGAAGAAAUCGGUGUCGUGGCCCGAGGAGGGGCGGCUGCGAGAAUAUUUCUACUUUGAACUCGAUGAAACCGAGCGGGUGAACGUCAACAAGAUCAAAGACUUUGGCGAGGCGGCCAAGCGGGAGAUGCUGAAGGACCGGCACGCCUUCGAGACGGCGCGGCGCCUCAGCCAUGACUCCAUGGAGGAGAAGGUGCCCUGGGCCUACCCCAAGGCCUUGGAGCUGCCGGCGCCGCUCGUCAUCCCCGGCAGCGGCAGCCGCGAGCGCUUCACGCAGGCCGAGCGCGUCAAGGGCAUCCUGCAGGAGAUCUUCCUGUCCAAGGAGAGCCCCCACGAACCUGACCCAGAAUCCUACGAGCCGCUCCCACCCAAACUGAUCCCCUUGGACGAGGACUGCUCGGGCGAGGACGGGGCCUAUCCCGAGGGGCUGGAUCCUGGGAAUUCCGCAGCGUCCCCGGAGCCGGGAGCAGGGGCCAAGCUGCCCCCAGUCCUUGCCAACCUCAUGGGCAGCGUCGGGGCAGGAAAAGGCCCCCCAGGACCCCCCCAAAAUGCCCCCAUCAACAUGCAGGAGAUCCUCAGCUCCAUCAUGGGUGGUGGCCCCAGCAGCCACAAGGCCGAGGAGCUGCUGAAGCAGCCGGAUUAUUCGGAUAAAAUCAAACAUCUGCUGGUUCCCCACGGGCUGCUGGGCCCCGGCCCCAUGAAUGGUUUCCCCCCCCCCAAAAUGCAACACUUCCCCCCGGGGGGGCCCAUGCCAGGUCCCCACGGCGGCGGUGGGGGAGGGGGUCCGGGCCUCCCCCCCGGAAUUCCUGGGGGUCCCCGAAUGUUGGGCCCACCCCCACCCCAACGAGGCGGCGAUUUUUGGGGGGACGGACCCGACGGGGGAGGGGGCGGUCUCCGAGGGGGCCCCCCCGGUGGGGGAGGGGGAGGAGGAAUGCGCGGUGGGGGUGGGGGAGGACCCCCCCCUCCUCCGUUUCACCGCCCCCCACCCCGGGGGGGUCGCGGUGGCGCCGAGCCCCCCCCUCCCCCCCCUUAUCGCUGCCGGGGUGGGGGUGGAAGAAGCGGGGGACCCCCCCCAAAUGGCGGAGGUGGGGGGUCCAGGGGGGGACCUCCCCCACCCCCAGGUGGGCACGGAGAACACGGCAGAGACCACCCCCCUCCCCGGGGCCACGGCGGAGGCCACGGCGGAGACAUGUCGAACCGCGCCGUGUGCCGCCACUUCAUGCUCAAGGGCAGCUGCAGGUACGAGAACAACUGUGCCUUCUACCACCCCGGCGUCAACGGGCCCCCCCUGCCCUGAGAAACCCCAAAAACACCCCAAAAAAAAAAAAAACAAAAAAAAAAAAACCAACACCACAACACACCGACACCCUCCUCCCCUCCCCCCCCCCCCCCCCCAAAGCUUAU